AUGGCUCCGAGGAUCAGUCUGUCUGCUCUCUCCAUUGGACAGGUAGCAGCCUUGCUGUCUGGCGCUUUCGUUUCAUACGUAGUUGGUAUUGUGAUAUACAGAAUCUACUUUCACCCACUAUCAAAGUACCCCGGUCCCAAACUCGCAGCCGCCACCCGUCUUUGGUGGAUGAAGCAGCAACUGAGUGGUCGUUUCCCAUUUAUCGUUCACGAGUUGCAUCUCAAAUAUGGCGAAAUUAUCCGCAUAGCUCCCACCGAGCUCUCUUUCACGGGUGCUGAUGCCUGGAAGGAGAUUUAUGGGUUCCGUAACGGUCUCCCUGAAAAUCGCAAAGAUCCUGGUGAAAAUACCGACGCGGACAAAUCUCAUCCCACUAUCAUCAAUGCCGAUCGUAAAACGCACGGUAGUUUGAGAAAGUUGUUGUCCAAUGCCUUCUCAGACAAAGUCCUCAAGGGACAAGAACCAGUCUUGUUGCACUACAUCGAUCUUCUAGUCAGUCGCUUGCAAGAAGUAGCGGACAAAGAGGAGCCUGUAGAUAUUGUUCGAUGGUUUAACUAUGUAACAUUCGAUAUCAUCGGCCAUCUCGCAUUCUAUGAACCAUUUGACUGCCUCAAGAACAAUGACUACCACCCUUGGAUGUCCAUGAUUUUCAACGCCAUCGUUUAUGUCCACUACAUCCGUACAUUGCAACGAUUCAUUGAUAUUCGCUCAAUUAUUCUAGCCAUUAUGCCCAAGAGAAUCGUUGAACGUCGCAAAUGGCAUAUCGGUCUUGUUGAAGAGAAGGUGAAGAGACGCAAGACUCAUCACCCAGACUACAUUGACUUUAUGAGUCACUUACUUCAAGCUGAAGAGAAAGGUCAUCUCACCUUACCGGACCUGGUAGCAAAUGCCAACUUGAUGGUCAUUGCGGGCAGCGAAACCACCGCCACGAUUCUGUCGGGUACAAUCUACUAUUUGUGCACGCACCCACGGGUGAUGCAGAAGCUCCUUGAUGAAGUUCGCGGUUCAUUUGAGUCGAGCGAUCAAAUCAACAUUGCUCGUAUCAGUCAGCUCAAAUAUAUCAAUGCUGUCAUUGAUGAGUCUUUCCGCUUGUAUCCUCCCGCUGCAGGCAGUCAUCCUCGUAUUACUCCUCCCGAGGGUGCUAAUAUUCUUGGCCAGUGGCUUCCUGGUAAUACAUCCAUGGGCAUGGCUCAAUACGCUGUGUUCCGCUCUCCAUAUAACUUCAAGGACCCCGAAAUUUACCUACCUGAACGGUGGUUAGAUGAAGAAGGACCGUACAAGAACGAUCGCCGUGAGGCAUUACAACCAUUUUCUUUCGGUCCACGGAACUGUAUUGGUCGAAACUUGGCAAAUAUUGAAAUGAGACUCAUUCUCGCUAAGGUGCUGUUCAAUUUCGACUUUGAACUGACUCCUGAGUGCGCCAACUGGCCCAAGGAUCAGUAUAUUUACACCUCAUGGGAGAAAAUCCCACUAAAGGUCCAUAUUACCUCCAGGGCUACAAAGACUUGA